UAGACUUAUAUAGACAUUUAUGAACACAUUUCUGUGAUGAUGAAUGGCAGUUUUCGACUGAACUUAAUAUAAAAAUGUCCAAGUUUGGUUAUAGAAGGUUUACUUCACUAAUAUAGCUAUUUAAUAUUAUUUCAAUAUUUGUCUUUUUUUGACAUGCUUUGCAGUCCGUUUGGGGAUUCUCUGUUUAUUCAUUUCUAUUUAAUUUGCACUUGUCAUAUUAAAAUUUUCAGUUUUUGAGUUUCGUAUUGAAAUAAUUGAGUUUCUGUUCUUUACUUGCCUGUUUCAUGACGCAGUUGCUGUGGUAGAUUUUAUGCAUUUUAUGUCACCUGUGUUUGAGGAACCCACAUCACUUUGAAAUGUUAGCAGGUUUUAGGUUUUGUACAGUGAUGUGUACUUCCGCAGAUAGUUUAACAGAACAUAACAAUAACGGUAUCACAUUUUAAUAUUUUGCUUCCUCCUUAAAGUUCUCAUCUCCUCAUAUAUAAAUGACACUAGCCGCAGAACACUAUAAGUUAUCUCAUAGUUCUCUAUUGGUUGCUGUCCUGUUUGUCUAGGGGAAGCAACAGGAUCAUGCUUUUUAGGAUCAUAAAGCACAUUAUUUUUACAUUAUUAGAACAGACUUCAUAUGUGCGUCAGUUUGGAGAAAUGGAAGGUGCCAUGUUUCUCCCUUUCUGUACACCUGGAAAAGGUGAUGGUGGCUUGUCUGUGGUCUGUGGGACAAAACAGUCUAUGGCUGGGAUGGGCGACACUGUCAAAAGGCAAAUUUGAAGCAUCUCCUCAGGGGUUCACCAUGGGCUGUGUGGGGUCCAAGCCAGAUCAGGAUCCCAUUGGCAAGACAGUAGGCAAUGAAGAUGGCCGCAACCCAUCAACACAUUAUGUCCCCGACCCCACAACAGGCUUCAAAUCAAACAGAACUAACCCGGGUACAGACACCUCUCUGUUGCCCUUAGGUCCAGAGAACAUUGCCAUAGCCCUGUAUGACUAUGAAGCUAUGCAUGAAGGUGAUUUGGGCUUCAAGAAGGGUGACAGACUCAAAAUCUUGCUGGAGUCUGGUGAAUGGUGGAAAGCAACUUCUCUCAGCAGUGGUCAGGAGGGUUUUAUCCCCAGUAACUAUGUUGCAAAGGAUACCCUGGAAACCGAAGAGUGGUUUUUUAAAGGAGUCAGUAGAAAGGACGCAGAGAGGCAGCUGCUGGCCUCCGGUAACAAAAUUGGAUCCUUCAUGAUCAGAGACAGUGAGACCACCCAGGGAAGCUACUCGCUGUCUGUCAGGGACUGCGACCCACAAUCCGGAGACGCGGUGAAGCAUUAUAAGAUCCGCACGCUAGAUAACGGCGGUUUCUACAUCUCGCCACGCAUCACCUUCAACACCCUUCAGGAUCUUGUCAGCCAUUACAAGAAACAGAGCGAUGGGUUAUGUCAGAGUCUCACCAGUCCCUGUCUGAGUCCCAAACCUCAGAAACCUUGGGAGAAAGAUGCCUGGGAGAUCCCACGUGAGUCUCUCAAACUAGAUAAACGUUUGGGAGCCGGUCAGUUUGGAGAGGUUUGGCUGGCCACAUACAACAAGCACACAAAAGUAGCCGUGAAGACUAUGAAACCUGGCAGUAUGUCUGUGGAAGCUUUUCUUAUGGAGGCUAAUUUAAUGAAAACCCUCCAGCACGACAAACUGGUCCGCCUCAACGCCGUGGUGACCAAAGAGGAGCCCAUAUACAUCAUUACAGAGUACAUGGAGAAGGGUAGUUUACUGGACUUCCUUAAAAGCGAUGAAGGAAAUCGAAUUCGGUUGCCGAAACUCAUCGACUUCUCAGCACAGAUAGCAGAAGGCAUGGCUUACAUCGAGCAGAGGAACUAUAUUCACCGAGACCUUCGUGCUGCCAACAUCCUGGUCAAUAAGAGUUUAGUGUGUAAGAUUGCCGACUUUGGUCUCGCGCGUAUCAUAGAAGACAACGAAUACACUGCCAGAGAAGGUGCAAAGUUCCCUAUUAAGUGGACAGCUCCAGAGGCUAUCAACUAUGGGUCCUUUACUAUCAAAUCAGACGUGUGGUCUUUGGGAAUUCUGUUGAAUGAAAUCAUCACCUAUGGUCGCACCCCAUAUCCAGGUAUGACGAACCCAGAGGUGAUCCGAGCUCUAGAGAGAGGUUAUCGAAUGCAGCGUCUGGAGUCCUGCCCUCAAGAGCUCUAUGACAUCAUGUUGGAAUGCUGGAAGAACAAGCCAGAGGACAGACCCACCUUUGAGUACCUGCAGAGCGUACUGGAGGACUUUUAUACUGCCACUGAGAGCCAAUAUCAGCAGCAGCCUUAAUACACACACACCUAAAGAGGUGUAUGCCUAGUACCAGAAGCUUACAGAUAUGUCUAUGCCACAUCACAAUGACUUUAUAUAUGUAGUGAUUUCUAAUGUGACUAAAUUGUGUUAUUUAAAUGAUCAUUAAAGUAACUGUUUAAUACAUCUAUUAAUAGCAGUUUUACUCCUAUCGGGUAGGAUAUUUUGCCUUACAGUGAGUGUUGCACAGCGUAUGCUACAUUUCUAAUGUUUAUACAAAACUUAUAGUGAUAUUGUCUUCUUAAAAACUUCUCUGAUUUGCAAAGGCUGAUUUUGUGUGUGUGAAAUAGAGUAAGAUGAGCAUUAAAAUGGAUUUGAAAACUUCAACCUACAUUAGGUUUCCCAUUAAUUGGAAAUGAAGUCACAUUGAAAUGUAUAUCAAUGUUUUUGUUCUGUGAAAUCAUCAACAUUCUCCAACUGCUCCAGAUAAUUAUUUUCUUUAAAAAAAAGAAAGAAAUGAAAUAUAUGUCAAGGUUUAUUUGAAAGGCCUUUAAUAUUGUAAUUUUAUGUAUUUGUAAGUUUGAACUUGCUUGAUUUUUAGAUUUUCAGCUAUAUUUGGUAUUGCUGUUAGCCUAUAUGAUACUUGUCUUUACAUAUUCCUAUUGACUUGUUGAUAUUUGGUUGGAUUUUGUGCAAUAACAAUAAAACGUUUUGUAACUUA